AUGAAGCCCAGCAGUUUUUUCCUUGCGCUCUGCGCAUACAUCCUCCCCAUUGCCGGAGCCAUAACCGAAGAAACAGACACAGCAACAAUUUACAUCCAACCUCUCGUCUCCGACUCCGCCUACCCACUAGCAACCAUAUCCUACAACCCCUCCACGCUCUCCGCCUCUCUCGUAUCUUACGAACCACCCGUUGAUCUCCUCCCCUCCUCGUCUUCCUCAUCUUCCCCCCUCGAAAACCUCGCCCUAACUGGCACAUUCGACACCCAAUCCUCCGUUUUCAAAUCCUCCACUUCGCUACUCUCCCUCGAUAAUUUUCAGAAAGGCUAUAAACCCACUAUUCUCCUAACGCUUGAUUCUCAAGGCGCGGUAUUGGGAGUCACGAUUAAGAGUGGAGUGAUAGAUGCUGGUGCUACGAGGGAUUUUGCGCCAAAGGUGGAGGGUAGACGGAUGGUUGCGGGGAAGGAACCAGUUCUGGGGCCGAAUGUGGUGUUAAGUAAGGAGGGAAAGUUGGAGGGGGAGGUGGUGGAGAAGACGUUUUUGCAGAAGUAUUGGUGGGUUCUGUUAGGAGCAGCAAUGUUGACGAUGACUGCUGGAGGUUCUGAAUAA